AACCACCGCGUCUAUUUGUGAAUGACGUAACGCCAAAACAACAUGGCGUCGUCUUCAGGAAAUAUCAUUUUAAAUGAGUAUAGCCGGGUAGACCGCUGCCUCUUUUGAGGCACUGGUGUUGUCCAACUUUCACUUGUGAGUACAAUAACUAAUUACGAGAGCCCUGCGUACUUAGACAUUUGUACCCGACAGUCCUGUUUUAUCCGAGGCGACUCGGUGACGGCGGUCAAGGAUGGACUGUGGAGAGUACAUGCCACCAAUGGAGCCUUUAGCGGAAUUUGGAAAUGGAUUAACAGUAGGGGACAUUUAUGAGAUGCUCCAGCUUGAUCCCGACUUAUUUGAGGAGCUGGACACUCUAAGCACCACCCCUCGACCAGCCAAUCAAAACCCGGGCUCUGCAUCAAACCCGGUUGCCUACCACAACUCCGGCGUUGGUCCCUCUGCCCCCCCGACAUUGUCGCCCAGGUCUGGCUCCCUCCCCCCAAAUAUCUCCCCUGCUCAGUCGCCCUCCACAGCCACACCAUCUACAGUACAGCAUCAGGUGACCCGUACUCCACCGCCCCUUCAGCCGCGGCCUCAGGUGGUCCACCCCAUCCAACCCCAUCUGGUGGCCCAACCCACCAUUCAGAUGCAAACCCAGCGAUUCCCGGUUCACACUUUGGUCCCAACACCCAUCCAGACACCUGCGGCCCAAACGGUGAUGAUUGCCACCACUGGUGGGCAGUCACGUUUCAUCCAAAACCCGGUCAUCUACCACCAGAGCCCGACUCCUGGUUUCCCAGUACUUCAACCACAAGUGCAGAGCAUUGUGACAACACCUCAACUCCAACCGGUGACAAUUCAACAGCGCCUUCUGACAAAUGGUCAGACCAUUCAGACUCUCUCUACAGCGCCCACUACAGUCCACGCUGUGCCGCAGCAAGUGCAACAGGUUCUGGUUCAACAGCCUCAAAUUUUGAAGACCGAUUCCCUGGUACUAUCCACCAUGGCAAACCCAGGAGGGAUCACCACAUUGACCACGCCCCUCCAGAACACAACGCUGCAAGUGCCGACGCUGAUGGGCAGCAGCCUCCUGACUUCUGUUCUGGGAGGAGGAGAGAAGCUGACAAUCAAACACCUGGGCUCCUCUCACUGCACAAACGGCACCAUCUCGGGCAUAGACCAAAGCGCUUUGACUGCAGCGGGGCUGUGCCAAGGAGGGGUGGUGAAGGAGGGUGAGAGAAGGACCACCCACAACAUCAUUGAAAAGAGGUACCGCUCGUCCAUCAAUGACAAGAUUGUGGAGCUGAGAGACUUGGUUGUCGGCAAUGACGUCAAGAUGCAUAAGUCGGGAGUGUUGAGUAAAGCCAUUGACUACAUUAAGUACCUGAAACAGGUCAACCAUAAACUCCGACAGGAGAAUCUGACUCUCAAGAUGGCAAACCAGAAGAACAGGCCAGUGACAAUGUCUGAGGAUAUGGAGCCUAAAGAGGAAAUUGCAAUUAUGUCACCUCCAGCCUCCGACUUGGGCUCAAUUUCCCCUCAACAGUUUUCUCCUUACAAUGUGGACUCUGAGCCCAGCAGCCCCUUAAUGGAUCACGAUCAGAUGAAGUGUGAGCCAGACUCUCCUAACUUUGUCGGAGUGAUGGAUGGCUCUCGUCUGCUUCUCUGUGCCCUGACCUUCUUCUGUCUCUCCCUGAACCCGCUGCCCUCUUUGUUGGAUUCGGAGAUCUCGGAGAGUCUUUCUACUGGCCACGGACCUUCUCGAUCUCUAUCCUGGUUCCCGGGCCCCACUCAAGAUUUGGCCUCUUGGCUGCGUUGUCUGUUGCCAUGGGUGACGGUUUGGAUGCUGAGUGGGCUGGGAGCAAUUUGGGGUUGCGUACGGGUGCUCUACCUCUGGGAACCCGUCACGCCUCUUCACUCCCCCAAGUCGGUGUCCUUCUGGAGACACCGAAAGCAAGCUGAUGUUCACCUCAAGAGAGGAGAUUAUGCUGCAGCAUUGACAAGUUUAGAGACUUCCUUGUCCAUCUUGACCAGAGCGUUGCCUUCCACCAAACUGGAUCUGGUCUGCUCGUUGACCUGGAACGUGAUUCGCUAUUGUUUACAUCGCCCAACCCCUCUCGGGUGGCUGGUUCACCAAAUCCGAGGCAAACACGAGGGGGACGAGGCGAGGACAAGCGCGAAGGAUGCCGCCUUGGUAUACCAUCGUCUGAGCCAGCUGCAACUCACGGGAAAGCUACCUCAGCGAAGCAGCUGGUGGGCCCUGUCGCUAUCUCUGAGUGCUGUCAACCUCAGCGAGAGCGCCCAAGGAAAGAUGGCCCCCGCUCAACUCGCCGAGAUCUACGUGACGGCAGCCGCAGCCAUGCGCACUCUACCUGCUCUCUACCUCACCUGUUUGCCCGUACGUAACCUUAUUAUUCUCGUAUCGAUUUUAACUUACACAACUUUUUUUUUUUCUUCUUCUCAGGGCUACUUACUGAGCUGUGCCGAGAGCCUUGCAAACCAAUGCGAAGCAAAGCACAUUCCUGACGGCCUGCGCUGGCUUUUCAACCCAUUGGCCAGGAAGUUCUUUUUAACCUGCGAUUGGUCAUUGAAGUCAGAGAGCAGCGAUGGGGUGUUCACGUCGAAGAGAGACCCAGGAGACCCAGUGGCCCAGUUGCACCGUUGUUUCUGCAGGAAGUUGUUGGAGAGAGCCGUUCACACCCUCAUCCAGCCUCAAAAUGACUUUGAAGCAUGCAAACACAAACAAAGCUCUGGAGAGUUUUCCAGUGCCCUUGACUUUUUGCAACAGUUGAAUAAAUGCACAGAGGACUCGCCGUCUGCUCCUCCCUUCUCAACUCCUCCCAGUCACACCAUCACAUCAGUGAGAGAUCCAGUGAGUCGUUGGUGGGCGUUGGUCCUAAAGGCUACCAUCUAUUGGCUUCAAGGCGAUGAUGUCACUGUGAGGUCUCUGUUGGUGGAAGCAGAGCGGAUGCCAAGGACACGGCACACUCUUGACCACCCUCUGCCCAAAGCUGUGCAGUCACUCUGCAAGUCAGUUCAGAUGAGUCUGUCACCUGUAAAGGGAGAAGGAACAUCAGCCUGUCUGUCCCGUUGUGACCAAGCUAGCAGCUACCUGCGCUCCAGCAUCUCCGUACCGCUUGGGCAGCCCGGCGAUGGCUUAAACAAGGCGAUGGAGCUCUUGGUAUGCGACCUUCUACUGACCUUGAGGACCAGUUUAUGGCAGCGAGGAAGCAGCACGAAUGGGGAACCGGGUCCAGCAUCUGCUUCGCAGUUGGCUGGUUUUCAAAACGACCUCAGUGCGCUCCGAAAGCUCACGCAGUGCUCCAGACAGGCCCAGCAUAAGAUGUUCCUCCACGAGACCACGGUGAGGCUGAUGGCCGGAGCCAGUCCCACAAGGACGCACCAGCUGCUGGAUCACAAUCUGCGACGCAGGACCAACGGCCUCCCCAAUGCAGAAGGUGAGAGGGAGCGGGCUCACGCCAUUCUGCUGGCCUGCGGCCACCUGCCCAUGCCUCUGUUAACCCCGCCCGGGCAUCGUGCCCACCUGCUGGCCGAGGCCAAACGCACGCUGGAGCGGGUAGGAGAUCGGCGCUCCCUGCAAGACUGUCAACAGAUUCUGAUGCGCCUGAGCGGUGGCACGACCGUGGUUACAUCCUGAACACACACUUCUGUUGAUUAACUUACAGUCCUACAUUUUUAAGCCUGUAUCAUCAUCUCUCCAGUGCUCAGCUUUAGAACAAUCUCGCCACCUUUUGGUCAUUCACAAAGUUGGCUCACUGCCUCGUAUUUAAAAUUGCGCAACAGGAAUAUCAGGUGUAAUGGGGCUUCCAAAGAAAAAGGGACCUGUUUAUAAAUAACUUCAAAUUGGUGCACUCGCAGAGGUGCAAUGCCACUUUGCAAUUUCUAAAUCUGUUUGCCAGCUUCCAUUCUAAGGGCUGUCAAAUGCAUACACAUGAAGACAGACUGGUUUAUGCUGAAUUUUAAGUCGAGUCGCUUUAUAUAUCUACCUCAAUCGCAGUCCGUUUAUACUGUGGGGGGAAAAAAAGAAAAUACCCCAGCACAAGGUCGGUUAUUCUGAAUUGGAAGUAAGAGUGUGCAAGCUUUCAGUACAUCACGCAAAGGUGUCGCGACUCCGGGAAUGCAGGAUGUUGAUACAUGCAUAUUGUAGUGCAUGUAUGAUUAUUAAAUAUGAACAGUUUGUGUUUCGGUUGUAAAUACAAAUAGACUAACUUUUAAAAGUAGAUUUAAACGUCAAACCCUCGUUGAAGAAGACAUUAUUGACAAUCGCUACUGUCUGGUUGGUUUUAAUGGCUGGAUCAGAGGAGCAGUUAUGGCUGCCUUGCUCCAAAUGUCAAACUAUUUUACCGAGUUAAGUUCAGAAGGUAAUUACGUUGGAGAAAAAAAAAAAAAUGCAAAUCUUUGUUUAAUGUAAAUUAUGUGCUUGUGGAACAAUGCGACGGUGGAAAUGUUUUAUCUUGACUGAUGUCUCUUUUAUUUUUUUUUUAGGCAAAACAUUAUUUUAAACAGAACUAUUUUGCUAUAUCACGUACAUUUUAAAAUCAUGUUAGAAAUUGUUUAAAGCUGUUUGCGUUUUAAUUUGUAGUUUUUGCCUUGCACAAGGUGCUUCUGUCAUUCCUGCUUUUGUGUCUUAUUUAAUUAUAUCCUUUUUAAAAAUAAUCCUUUGCUGGAGGGGAGGAAAGACACAAUUUGUGUGUAUUAUAUUUUAAUGUGAGGAAUUUAAAACAUAGAACAAGCAUUUUAGAUUCGUGUAAAAGCUUACUGUUUGUUUUUGAUUUAUAGAGUAGAGAAGCAAACUUCCAGAAAAUUCUCUUACAGGUCAAACUGAGCAGAUCAUUCUCUUUCUUGGCUGCACAAAGAACAGCAAUGCCAUGGAUAGGGUAGGUUUAUUACAGCUUUUCUGAUGUUAUGUUACAUAUUUUUUUGUCAAUAUCCUUUCUACUUUCCAAAUUUCAGUCUUGUUCACUAUUUUGAUCUUGGUGUUUUGAUAAUAAAAAAUGUGAUGGAG